AUGUUCAGUACCUUAAAUAGAUCGCUUUCAUUUUCAAAUAGUAGAAAUCUCAUUUUUCUCAGAAAAGCUUUGUCCUUGAAAACGUACUGCACAAUAACUGCUGCUUCUCCUACUAUUGAUGUAAAAUUCUCUGCCUCAAGGAGUAGAAAUUUGUUUUCCAGAAUAAGCCCUAUCAGACAGGAUGGUCAUAUCGUUCCCGUGCUCGAUCAGUGGGUCGCUGAGGGUAGAAAGAUUAAUUACUUUGAGCUGCAGCGGAUAAUUCGAGAUCUUCGAAGCCGUAGACGUUUUUCUCAGGCCCUUCAGAUUUCUGAGUGGAUGUCUUGUAAAGGUAUCUUUGAAUUUUUGCCGGGUGAUUUUGCUGUGCAUUUGGAUCUUAUUGGUGUGGUCCAUGGAUGGGAAGCUGCGGAGAGAUACUUUGGUAAUCUGAGUGACCUAGAGAAAAAUGAAAAGACGUAUGGUGCUCUCUUAAACUGUUAUGUCAGAGGAGGCUCCUUAGACAAAACCCUUACCCAUAUGCAGAGGAUGAAAGAUAAGGGAUAUGCUUCAUCUCUUGCUUACAACAAUCUCAUGACCCUAUACAAAAAGACAGGCCAACUUGAGAAAAUUCCUGAUGUUCUGUCAGAAAUGAAGAAGAAUGGUAUUGCCCCGAACAACUUCAGUUACAGAAUUUGCAUAAGAUCGUAUGGCGAGAGAUCUGAUCUAAAUGGAAUGGAGAAGCUCGCGGAAGAAAUAGGGAGCCAACCUCACAUCUCCAUGGACUGGGCUACUUAUUCCAAUAUGGCCUAUUGUCUGAUAAAAGCAAAUGAAAAGGAGAAAGCACUUCUUUAUCUGAAGAAACUAGAAGACAAGCUCGAUAAAGAUGCAUUGGGCUAUAAUCACUUGAUUUCAUUAUACGCACAUCUUGGGAAUAAGGACGAGAUGAUGAGAUUGUGGGUUUUGCAGAAGGAUGCAUGUAAAAAGCAAAUUAACAGAGACUACAUAACCAUGCUGGGUUCUCUAGUGAAGCUCGGUGAGUUUGAGACAGCUGAGAAAUUGCUAAAGGAUUGGGAUUCUUCUUGUCGUACAUAUGAUUUCAGAGUGCCAAAUAUACUCCUAAUUGGGUACUGUCAGGAAGGUCUAAUCGAGAAGGCUGAGACAAUGCUUCAAGAUAUUACGGCUAGGGGAAAGAUGCCAACGCCAAACAGUUGGGCCAUCAUUGCUGCUGGGUAUUUGAGUAAGGACAAUAUGGAGAAGGCUUUUGAGUGCUUGAAGGAAGCUCUUGCCGUGAAAGAAGAAAACACAGGAUGGAUGCCAAAACCCGCAAUAAUUACACGGAUAUUGAACUGGCUUGGUGAAAAAGCAGAUCCUGAACAGGUUGAAGCUUUCUUGUGGCUAGAACUUUUGCAAGAAUGUGAAAGACGGAAGCAAGAACAAGUGGAAGCUUUAAAGUGGGAGAUGCAGAGUGGAAUGGCUCAAGCAAUGAAAGAGCAAGCCCGACUCAAGGAAGAGGAUGGCUUACCAAUACAAGCUCGCCAACUUUGA